UGCCUUGGUGAAUUAAUAUUUCGGCUUUGUCGUUGGUGCCUUGGGGUUGUCGUUUCAGCUUCUCAUCGUUGGUGCCUUGGUGAAUUAACAUUUCAGCUUCGUCGUUGGUGUCUUGGGAAGUUGUAUGUUGUCAUUUUAGCUUCUCGUCAUUGGUGCCUUGGUGAAUUGACAUUUCAGCUUCGUCGUUAUGCUUUGGUAGUUGUGUAUCAUCGUUUCAACUUCGUUAUUAGUGUCUUGAUAAAUCCUUGUUUCAGCUUCAUCGUUGAUGCCUUG